UAUUGCGCAUCAGUACAGGGGUGCGUUCGAAAACAUGGGUGCUCCCGCUCCGUUGGAAUAAGAAAGAUACGAGAUUGAGGUAAAAAAAGAGGACUCGAGUGACAUUUCCAAACGCACUCCAGCAAUGCAUCUGAAAGGAACAGACCGUUUGUCAAAUUAAAGGUGGUGGUGUCUCAUAGCGGAAAUGAGUGGAAACUCUGGAAUUUUGCACGUGAUUGCGUCGGUAUAAGUAAUAUAUCGAGUACCGCAAGGAUAAUAUGUAUCGUAGUAUAUACUAAUGCUGUAAUAUGUCGGAUGGAUUUGUACAUUCUGUUAAAGUGCCGAGAAUUUAUAAGAUAACGGCCGACAUCGUGCGUUGCGUUCAAGAGCGAGGAGCCAGUCUGAAAACUCUCAUUUAUGAGAAAAAACAUCCUAAUGUGUCUGGCAUCUAUGCUCUAUCAGUAAAUACUCUACAAGCUGGUGCUCAAUUGGACUUACUUCUCCAGAGGACUCAGAUUCUCACAGAACAGCCUCGCUUGGAUCCUUGGCUGACUAGGGUACUGAUAACAGAAUUACUAUGGGGCAAAAAACAUCUGCAAAGUCUAUCCAAACCAAUUCAGACUAUCUUAUCAUAUGCAGACUUAUUGCAAAAUGAAUUAAAGAAUCUUGAGAACACAAGAUCUUCUGCAACAUCUAAGAAAGUGCUAAGACCCAGAUACAUGCGUGUUAACACACUUCUAUUAUCAGUUGAGCAAGCAAUCUCCUUGUUUGAAGAGGAGGGAUGGAAGCUAUUAUCUAAAAGUGCAACAUAUUCCUCAUAUUUGCAUUCAUUAUCGUUGCUAUCAAAACCGUAUUUCUUGCAAGAUUUCCACGUACCAGAAGUGCUAGCUUUCCCACCGGCAACAUCUUUUUACGAUCAUGCGGGCUAUAGGAAUGGCAAACUCAUUCUUCAGGAUAAGGCCAGCUGCUUGCCAGCACAUCUACUAAACCCCAAUGAAGGCUCUGAGGUAUUGGACUUGUGUGCUGCACCCGGUAUGAAAACCACGCACUUGGCAGCGAAACUACAGAACAACGGGACGAUUUAUGCCGUGGAAAUUGACAAGAGAAGAUUCGGCAUUCUGCGCGAACAGGUCGAGGCAACUCAUUCUUUCUGCGUGGAACUUAUCAAUCAAGAUGCUUUGACUCUCACUGCUAAACAGUAUCGUCGCGUACGUUACAUUCUGGUCGAUCCUAGUUGCUCCGGAUCAGGUAUCGUUGACAGACCGAAACAGAGCGACGUAGACGGUGAUGUUGAGCCAAAACGUUUGCAGAAUCUGCAGUCUAUUCAGGUUUAUCUACUGAGAUACGCUCUUCUGAACUUUCCGAAAGUGGAAAGAGUAGUCUACAGCACUUGUUCUGUUCAUCCCGAGGAAAACGAGCAAGUAAUCGACGAAGUUCUCUCUAAUAUCGGAGACGCUUAUCGUCUGGUACCGAUUAAAAAUAUACUACAAGAAAAUUGGUUGAACUUCAGUUCGCCGGAGUAUAAUUGUGGUGACAAAUGUCUAUAUUCAAGACCAGACGUUGAUCUCUGUAAUGGAUUUUUCGUGGCAAUAUUUGAAAGAAAUUUCGCAGUGCCUCUACCGACGUGUAAGCGCAAAGGAGGUAACGUAAAUUUCGAACAAUCGGACCUGAGCACAAAAGAAGACAAUAUGAUGGAGGAUAACGAAAAAGGAACGGAGAAAGUAUCAAAAAGCAAAAAGAAAAAACGCGGCAAGAAGAAAAAUAAAGGAGCCAAUUCAACAAUUCAUGAACAAACAGGAAAAGCAUUGGAGCAUGCCGGUGAAUUUGAGAAAAGUGAGGAAGUAAAAGACGAAAGGAUUGAUGUUUGUCUUAAAUCAAAAGAUGGGAAGGAUAGUAAUAAUGAAGAGAUAAUACCGAAUAGAUUGGAAGAAACACCACAAAAUACAAAAUCGAAAAAGUCGGGGAAAAAGAGAAAAUUAAAAAGUCAAGAUGCGUCUUCAGUAGAAGAUAGUACAACAAACAAAGAAACAAUGAAAAUUUGCGAAGAAGUAGAGCAAGAUAAAGAAGUUAAAGAAAGAAAGUUAAAGAAGAAAAAGAAAAAAAAGAAGAAGAAAAGUAAGGCAGUAGUGGAAAUUAAUGAUGAUGUUGAGAAACCAAAGGAGGAUGAACAAAUUGAAACUGAACCAGUAAAGAAAAAAAGGAAAACGGAAAAAAAGAAUAAAGAAAUUAUAGAAAUCGAUACAGAAGAAAAAAUAUAAAAUAAAUUGGAAAUA